AUGCAUAAGUGCUUGGAAGAAGCAGUUUUACGAGUGGCUUUACGGAAUAAUCUUAUUGACGUCGUUAAACAACUGCACGACUAUCUUAGCGAACCGUUGCAUUUGGAAUAUGCUUUUUAUGUUAUCAAACAAAUAAUUCGAAAACGAGCUUUCGAAAAAUAUGAUCUUAUCAAUGAUCUGCUAGAACAUAUUUGCCAAACUGACAUACCUUCAACUAGCCAACAGAACAAACUUUUACGUAUUCAGCGUUCAGCAUGUUCUAUUAUUUUAAUGAGUGAUGUUGCUGGUGUGCGAAAAGCAAACCCUGCACCAUUAACAGUUGAGGAAGUAGUGCAAAAAAUGAAACGGCUUCUUCCGAACACAAACAAGUAUCCUCGAUUAGACGAGACUUCGCGAGAAACCAGAAUCAAGUUAUUGUUGACUAUGAUGAAGCACCGAAGAAUCCUUCGAUUACGACGGGAGUUUACGGGCAAAGCUGACAGGAUUUCUAAAAGGAUGGACAAGUGUUUGGAUCAAGUUCGCACCGAAAUCCUCCCUCCACUAGACGGACUACCAUUGGAAAAUUAUUUUGGAGGUGCUGAGGCAGCAAAAAACCUAUUUACCGAAAUUGUUAAGAGGGAAGGGAUAUCGGACAAAAGUGUGUCAAAAUUUCUUCGCAUCAUUGAAGACUCACCGGAACUGAGCUUCAACUUCUUCGAUUCUGGUUCUUGUGAAGUCAUCCCAGCUUAG